AUGGACGCCUUCUUGGGGACUUGGAAAUUCAAGGAUGGUGAUGACAUUGACGCGCUGGUUCAGCGUAUGGGGGUCAAAAUACCUAAGAACCAGUUGGAUGAAAUAUGCAACUGCAUCCCAACAGUGGCACGCGAUGGCGAUGGUUACAGCAUCCACGUAGAAUUCGGCCCCAAAACGUGGCAUAUUAAGUUCAAGCUGGGCCAGGAAUUCGACACCACUAGCCUGGAUGGUAGACAGGUCAAGCUGCUGUUCUCAAUGGACGGAAAAGUGUUUAAGAUUCGCGAGACGGGCGACAAGGUUGUGAACGACGAGUGGACAGUGGAAGGAAAUAUCUUGUCAGUGGCCAUGAAGGUGGAUGACGUUACCUGUGUUCGACGCUUCAUCAAAGUUGGUGGUGGUAGUGGUGGUGGUGGUGGUGGUGAUGGUGGUGGUGGUGGUGGUGGUGGUGGU